CGAUCUUGAAAAUUUCAGUACAACUUGAAACAAAUUGCUGUCUCGAUGAACUUUGCUGCAGUUGAAAAAAAUAAUCUCAUAGUCACAAGGAGCUGAGAGAGGCAAGAAAAUCUGAAAAGAAUGGAGCGGCAGACUGAUAUUAACAUUGAUCAAAUGUCAUCUAGUGUUCGAAGUAGAUUGCUCCGCAACUCUCCAAUGUCAGUUUCCUGCUGCAUAUUUAGAGUUCCCAGUACACUUCGUAAACACGAUGAGCAACUUUUCAGGCCAAAUUUGGUUCCAAUUGGUCCAUAUCAUAGAGAUCUACACAAGUUCCAAUUUGCAGAAAAGACUAAGCUUUGGUACUUAGAUUGUCUUAUUACUCGAGCACCAACUCCUAACACAACUCUGGAAUGUUUCCUCGCAUCAAUUGCUGCUAAAGUGAAAAAUUGCUUGGAAUUCUAUGGAGAUGAAGUGAAAAUGCCUAGAGAUCACUUUGUGGAGAUGUUGGUAAUUGAUGGUUGCUUUAUUAUAGAGUUAUUUCGUAGAUUUGUAAAGAUAGUACCAACAAAUGCAGAUGACCCUUUAUUUAAAAUGCCUUGGGUACGAAAAGUUUUGGUGACAGACUUGCUCUUGCUUGAGAAUCAGCUUCCCUGGUUUGUCUUAGAUUGCUUAUUCAACCUUACCAAGAGUGACAAUGACAGCGAGAGAACCCCCCUUCCUCAGCUUGCUCAUAAUUUCUUCCGUGGGAGUGCUUUGAGAACACGAGUCAUCCAAGUGGACCUGAGACUCCAGAACAAGCAUUUACUUGACUUUCAACGAAAUAUCAUACUCUUGGGGAGCGAAGAAUUUGAGGAUGGACACUUUCUGCCAAUUCCUUGCGUGACUGAGCUUUUACAAGCUGGAGUGGAUUUUGCAGUUGGAGAAACGCAUAACCUAAUGAAUAUAACAUUCAAGAACGGAGUACUGACAAUCCCACCAGUAAGAGUUUUGGACAAUGCAGAAUCUUUAUUGCGAAAUCUUAUUGCAUAUGAGCAAUGUGACAAGAAUCUAGGAGAUAGAAUUACAUCUUAUGCUGGAUUUUUAGAUAAUCUCAUCAACACAAAUGAGGAUAUUGAUUAUCUCCGUCGGAAAGGAAUUGUAACAUGUUUCUUGAGCGCAGAGGACGUCUCUGCUUUCUUCAACAGACUCUACAAUGAUGUUCAUAUUGUGCAUUCCCCUUUCACAAAAGUUUCACUAGAAAUUAUUGCAUACUACAAUUCUCAUUGGCCUCGAUGGCGAACAAGACUAACGCGAGAUUACUUCAACACUCCUUGGUCAAUCAUCUCCGUUAUUGGUGCAGUUGUGAUUUUGGUUCUCACAUUCUUGCAGACAUUGUAUGCCAUGCUUUAUCACUAGGCUUCUCUGUCUUGUCUUUUCUUGAUGUCAUUGUAUCUCCACUGUCACCUUCGUGUCAGCCUUGACUAACA